AUGGUAGAGUAUGGGAAGUGGCUUGGGAUGGAGCUUCCCGACGACAUGCCCCUUUUAUGGAUAGCACGCGAGGGUCUCAAGGCGCCACUUCCGGACCACUGGAAGGCGUGCAAGAGCGAAAAGGGCGAGUUGUACUACUUCAACUUCAAGACCGGGCAGAGCAUUUGGGAUCACCCCUCCGAUGAGCACUACCGUGAGCUUCUCAAAGCGGAGAAGGCAAAGUUGCACGCAAAAGAAAAUGGGAAAGGCGACAAGGAAGUUAUUCCUGCUGCCUCGUCCAAGGCUCAGGUCGCGCAUAGCGGUAAGGCUGCAAAGAAGAGGCGCUCAAAGGCCAGCGACGCAGAGGCACAUGAGGCAAAACCCAAGGCCCAAGAGGCAGCUGGGAAGGCCAACAGCGUCAAGGAUCUGGACCCCAUACAGGAGAAGAAGGAACUACCCGAAUCUCUGAAGAUCAACACGAUGCUGAAUGAUGGAGGAGGGGAGGACAAGGGAAAUAUUGCAACAAGACGCAUGGACUCCACCGAGCAUCAAUCUACCGCUUCCCGUAGCGGCUCCUCUCUUGUAUCUGAUGCCGAAAAAGCACCCAAGGUCGAUGAGCCCGAUGCCAUUCCCCUUCCGUCAAAGGUAGUGGCUGGUGGCGGUGUGAAUGGAUUGAGGGCUCUAGACAAGCUUGGGACAUCGUCGCCAGGGAAAGUGGGGACUUCUAGCUCGAAAAAUCAUAAAGCGAAGGUGGAUCAGCAGGUGAGCAAGGACCUAGAGGAAUAUAGAGCUCAGCAACAGAGCAACCUCAAGCGUCAGAAGGAGGAAAUCGAUGCAGACGUAGCAGAAGACCUCAGACGCUAUCAAGAGAGUGCAAACGCCAAAAAGCACAAGCGGCGAGCUGCGAUCGAGAAGGAGACGGCAGAUGCGCUGAAUAUCGAGUCGGCGAAGCUUGGCGCGGAGCUAGAGAGCAAGCUCGCCGCGCUGCGGCAGGAUUACGAGACGAAGCUCACCGCUGAAAGCGAGCGCCUGCGCAACAAGUUGAAAGCGCACCUCGAGCAUGAUAAGCGAAAAGUCGAGGCGGAAGUUGCGCAGAUGUUAGAAAGCUUUACACGCGAAAAGCGACAGGAGUCGGAGAUCAAAAAAGAGGCUCAAUCUCAGGCGUUCCAGGAAGCUACGAAAAGCAUGACUGAUGUGAAGCAGUUCUCGUCAGCCUUUCUGCACGAGUAUGAGACUGCGGUCGCCGCCUUUGCGAAGGAUAUCCAAGAGUCGCACAAUGUCUUCGAGCAGAUUGGGGUUCGAAGGCAGAAGCAGAUGCAGGAGGAAAUGGAUGCAAAGCUGGUACAGAUGCGCGAGGAGCAUGACCGGAAAGUUCAGCAAGAGCAAGAUUGUGCGAGCAAGCGCCUCGAGACGCUGCGGAAAGACAUGGAGCGCGAAGCAGAGGAGCUCAAACAAACUCAAAAGCAGCAACUUCAAAGGAUGCACGACGAGUUCAAGGAGCAGCGCAGUGCCCAUCAAAAAGAGCAGCUUUCGCAAGAGCACGAGCGCUUUAUGGAGACGCUGGCGGAAAUCAGGGCUUCCCAAGCAAAGGAGCUCGAGGCCCUGAAGCAGCAGCUGAAGGAGAAGGCUCAAGAAGAGUUGAAUGCUAUUAUGCAGGAGCUCAUGAAGGAAAAGGAGUCGCGACGGAGCAGCCUGAGCGUCGUGCGAUUUGCUGAAUCGCACGAGCCGACUCCUCGGAUGUUGGAAAGCCGAUCUGUGAGUGCUACAGAUGACGAAGGUGACGUAGGAAAGGGAAAGGCGCCUCCUCCACAUCUUGACAGAAAGCUACUGACACGUACCUCAGUCGAGGAGAGCGCUGCUGGGGUUGCCCCUGUUGCGUCUCCGCAGCCGGACAUCAAGGCUCUUGUCACAGAAGCACUUCGUGAGGUGUUUGCCGGAUCGCCCUUCAUCCUUCCAUCUCCGCAAACGGGAGAGUUUCGGACGGCUCCAGGAACGCCCGCCGCUACAGUUUCCGGAUCCAUCACCCCGUCAAGGAGCGGGCAAGACUUCCGCUCCUCGAACCCGACGGCAAACGUGAUGCCGCCUGCCCUGAGUGGCAACCCAGCCAAGACAUCUGGGGGGUUUAAGCUACCCCUUUCUUUCGAGGAGCAGCGCAGUCUAGUGGAGGGAGAAAGGAGUCGCCUGCAGGAAGGCCGCAAAUACGUAGAGCUGCAACAGCAGAACCUCGAAGAGCGGAAGCAGCAGCUGAGGCGCACGCGACACCAGUGGAAGCAAGAUGUUCUUGCCGCCAAACGGGAAGGCGUUCGCUCAUCUUCGAAUCGUGGGCAGCUUCUUAACAAGGUUCGCCUUACACUGGAAGAGCAAGCGCAGGGCUUGGAGCAUGACAUGAUGAUCCUCCGCGACUCUCAGGUAUGGCUCUUGUCGAAAGAGCAGCGCCUGAUUACUUUGGAGAAGCAGAUUGAGGAGCAGGAGCGGCUAAGGAGUCGUAACGGCGGCGAGGCUUCAGCGCUGAACAACUGCAGCGUCGACACUGCGGCGCUCAUGACUGGCUUCUUCAAACCUCCGCGGAACAGCAUCGCGACCCACGAUACAGCUUUCCACCGCGAUGUAAUGGGGUAUAAUACUCUUGGGAGCGGCAGCAACCUUCCCAUGGACAAUUAUGGAGCGAGCCCGAUUCUCUCAAAGGCACUCAGUCGCAUCGAACGGCGCUUGGACGAGGUCACAUCUAUUAUUCACAUGCAGCACCAGCAGACCGCUUCGCAAGCUAUGACUCCGUCUCAUGGGCACGGCAGCAGCCGCCGGCACAGCACCGUGUCGCCAGUUGUCCGUGAGCCUGUGCCGGGAUAUGUGCGUCGCCUAUCGCGCAGUCACUCAAAGUCUGAUCCCCUGCGGCGCGACACGCACCUGGAUCAGUGGCAAGCCCCUGGGAUAUGA